AUGGUUGAGCCCAAGCGUGCUGACCCGGCUUUGCCGGAUGCCCUCAGCGAGUUUGCUCAAGCUGCGGGCCUCCAAGGGGGUAUAGCACCGGCAUCAGCUUCUGAAGUCUUCCAGAUCGUGGAGCACGCCAACCGCAAGUUUCAGUCCUCGUCUCCCAAGUCUGUCAAGUUCUCGCAGAAGCUAUCACCAUGUCUCGAGUCAAUCAACCGGUUUUCGUCUGUCAUAGACACAUUCAUCCAGUCGAAUCCCACCAUCUCGGGUUUAGUCUGGGGUAGUCUCAAAUUCCUGCUGCAGGGAGCACUCCAAUUUACCUCCUACCUCGAAAGGCUGGGCGAAAUGUUUGAAGAAUUUGGUCAAUUCUUUCCGGUCGUUUCCGAGUAUGAAACGAUCUUCGAGAGCUCUGAUACGGUCCGAGCUGCGGUGUUGCAUCUGUACACGGACGUUGUCCACUUCUUCACUCGAGCAGUGAAGUUUCUGAAGAGAAAGCCAAGAGACCUCAUCUUUCGGACGCUCGUCAAACCGUUUGAGCAUGACUAUGCGCAAAUUCUUAAGAGCUACCAGACCCACCGCAACGAGCUGCAGAUAGUGGCACUUGCUGCCAUGGAGAGGAAUGCCAGGAAGGAACGGGAACUGGCAGAGAUUGCUCGCAUUGCGGCCGAAGAGGAGAGAGUCGCCGCGGAAAAUGAACGCAAAGAGGCAGCAGCUGAGAGGCAGCGUGCCGAGCAAGCGAGAACAGACAUUCGCGAAGAAAUCAAGCGGCAGGAAGCGCACAGGAAGGAGGCGUCGCGGGCACGAGAAGAGGUCCGGGAGGAGACCAAGAACCAGGAGGUCCACCGGACGGUGGUUCAGGGACAACUGAAAGGACUGGAAUCAGAUUCAAUGAUACGGUGGUUGGAUCCCCCAGACUAUGAAAGUAUGCUGAGUCAGAUGGUCAGGCAACGCCAGGAAGAUACUGUUCUCUGGAUUGAGAGACAUCCCAAGUAUCUCUCCUGGAGACAAUAUGCCAACUGGACGCGUGACAUUUUGUGGAUCUAUGGCGGUCCUGCCAGAAGUGGUAAUGCUCCGAGCCCUCGUAGCACAGCUGCUGCACCAGGCCGACAAGCCCGACCCCUCAACCAAAUUUACCUUGCACGACGCUCGGCGCAUGCGUCACUGACAGAGCUCAGAGAGGCAUUCUCGACCCUGGCGAGCGACUUCUCGGGUGUCUAUGUUGUUAUUGAUGGACUGGACGAUGCGGCGAACGCCAGUGAUGCCCUGCAGCUUUUGCUCACGCUCUUGGUCCAGGUGUCACCCGUCAUGAAGCUGCUGGUCAUCAGCCGUCCUGAGCCCGAUAUUCGGCGCUUCUUUCAUUCCCAUCCGCAGUUUGAGUUGACAGAGGAUAUCACUCAACCGGAUGUGCGACGAGUCGUCACGACUCGCGUCCAGUCAGCAUGCGAGGACAAGAAGAUCAGAGCUUCUGACCCUAAUCUUCGGCAGGAGAUUGUCGACGCCCUCGUCUCGAGUAGUUCCGGAGUAUUCCUCUGGGCGACAAUGCAGGUGAAGCACCUCCAGACUCUUCGUGUGCAGACUGAUCGAACUCUACGCGCUGCUGUCCGCAAUCUGCCCAGUGGUGUUGCAGAUAUCUAUGGUCGCAUCCUAGCCAAGAUAAACUCCUACGCGGAGGAAGAUCGCCUGCUGGCUGAAGAGCUUCUCCGCUGGGUUGUCUGCGCCAGACGACCGCUGAACGUCUCCGAACUCUGCUGUGCACUUGCCAUCGACAUCGGAGACGAGGAGCUAAACAUGGAUAACGUUCCGACCAACACGAGUGAGAUCGUAGACGCCUGCAGCCCUCUGCUCUCCAUCGGCGACAAGGGGACUGUUAGCCUGGUUCACUCAACGGUGGCACAGUUUCUUCUGGACCCUUCCAACAAAGCCUCUGUCCCUGUGGGCACCGACCGAUACUUCAUCGAGCAGAUAGAAGCUCAUACCAUGCUGGCGGAGAAGUGUAUAUCUUAUCUGUCUCUGCUUUCAUUUCGCAAUCGUAUCUCCGGGUCGCAGACUUUGGCUAAGAUCACACAUGAGGAAAUCCACGCGUUUCCAUUGCUGGAAUACGCCGCUUUAAAUUGGUGGAAGCAUGUCGCUCACUCCAGCCUCUCGAAGAGCUCGGCAAAAAGGCUUGUGGAUCUGAUGUUCAACUUAGCCAAAUCUAGUCAGGGCCUGACUUGGCUUGAGGUGUCCAUCACCUUGUCGCUCUCCCUGGAACAUUUACACACCGUAUCGACGCAAUUGCGUGCCUGGUUACGCCGGCUGGAGUUUGAGCAUGAACAUAUCAACGACCUCAAGCUGUGGUUGGAGGGCCUUGUAGAUCUCACACGCGUCUGGGAUUCCAUCCUAAGAGAAUCUCCCUUUGAGCUGAGAUCUACCGUUAAGAAAUUUAGUACUGAGGGACAAUUCUUCCAGAAGCAUUUCGGCUCCGACUUUAUCGGUGACAUUGGGCCACCUCCCGCCUCGUUGCGGCGAACCAAUACGAAUCCCACUGUGGCAGAAGGAAAUACAUUCGAUAUUCUGGUUGACGACGAGGAAGGCUAUGUCCUGCAUCCGUCGGGAAAGAUCCGCUUCCAGUUCACCUGGGAUAUCGUGCAGAGUAAUGGAACCAACUCACUUAGAUACACUAUCUAUUCUGAAAGCCCGAUCACAAGGAGGCAAUUCAAGAGAGUCGAAUUUGCCCACGAAAUACCCUGGAAGCUCCCGCAGGGCUUCCACCUCGGACUGCAUUCCGUUGCCUUUAGUCCUGACUGGGAUUACAUGGCUAUCGCUACGGUCGAGUCCGUGAGAGGACUGCCUACGGGACGCCGAGAUCAGGGCACAACCACCAUCCGCGUUUUCCUCUGGCGGCUGAGGGAACUCGAUGAACCCAGCGAAGAAAUCCUUUUCGACCUCCCCUGGAUAUUACCUACCAAGGGUAGUGACGGGAACGUUUACAGCGGCUACGUUGGUCAAGCCCAGUAUGAUUCCUUCCGGGGCUCUCGAUGCGCAGUUGCCUUCUGGAAAGUCAAAUCCAUCCUCUAUCUGCAGACCCCAUUUGGAGCGGUGGAUGUAGAAACAGGUGCUUCCCUGGAACAUCCUCAUUAUCUUCAAAAUGUCGUAACCCAACAGACUGUGACCCAAUGCACAUUCAGCCCCGAUGGGCGUCGAAUCGCAAUGGUCAGGAACCAUACAGAUUUCGAAAUUGCCAACAUCGAUGGUUCCAACGUCUGCGCCACGAAGCUCAAUGGCGAGAUAUGCGAGAUCCUGAGCAUUAGCAGGACAGGCCGAUAUGUAGCGAUCUGUCUCAACCAGCCUGCCACGUCGUCACAGCUAACCCAGUCACGCCUUGUCGUUCUCGACACGGUGACCAAUACACUCCAGGUCCUACUGACGGGAACUCAGGAACGACGGUUUGACGAGGUGUCUUUUAAGCUCCGGGGCUGGCUAUCGUGGUCUCAAUGGGCCGCCCAGGGACGGUACGUGAAGUACAUACCCAAGGGACUGGCCCCCGUUCGGCCAGACAGGCACUGCAUUCAAGUUUACUCCGUCUUCAACUGGCUAGUUGGCGGAGCCUCCAGUGAGCUGUACAUCGAACCCGACAUUGACUACCUGCUGGACCCUCAGGAGCAGCGUUGGGGUUUAGUGCAGCCCGCGGCUAUCAAGAGAGAACUACCGCUCUCAUCCAGUGCGACCUAUCUAUUCUCAGAUCGGACCAUACGUCUCUCGGACAGCACGUUUAUUUUAUCCGUUGGCUUCUCGCCGCAGGAUGAGCACUGUUGUAUUCUCACGUCCAAGCAGACAGUCCUACUUCCUAGCUCGCUGCAACCAUCGCCUCUGACCUAUGCACCCCCUACGGCUGGUAAACAGCAGAAGACCACAUAUCGGACGUAUACUCGUCUGUUUGACCACAACAGAAAGCUUGGUUGCUUUCAACUAGCCUACCAUGGCACGGAAGGACGCUGGAUGGAUUAUCUGGACUACAAGACGCAUGACAUUGCCAAGAGCAUCACUGCCCGUGUGUACAUAUGGGAUCUCUGCGGCACGCCGAGGCUCAUCCGUGACAAGCUUCUGCAACUGGAUGAGGUUGAAAUCAACAUGCUUCGGUACGAACAGUACCGCCGGCUGGAUGUGGCUUUCCACCCAGCCUGUGAUCGCAUGGCAAUCUUCAACGUAGUGUACAACCUCGACCGGGUCACCAGCAGCAGCGUAGAAUACCAGAUAUACCAUGAGACGAACAAGUUCCAUCCGGAUAUCGCAGCUGGACGCACGAACAAUGCCUGGCAAGUAUCCUUCAGUCCGGACGGCAGAUACAUUGCGUUUGCCGUCACGGCGAGUACCCGGACCCCAGGACUUUAUGGGAAACGAGGAGAGAUCACCAAUGCGGUGGUCCUGUUCGAAACCGACGAGCCCAAAAUCCCAUUAUGCUCGCAGAUCUCGAGCCACAAGGGCGACACUCUCGCCAUGGGCUCGUGUUCUGUUACAUUCCACCCAACGGACAGGAAGCUACUCUGGACAUCAAUGUUUGUCUUCACCGACGCUACGACCAAGACAACCACAAAGCUACUGGACUUCAGUCACGAGCCAUACGAGACGUCCUUCAUCACAGACCUCAAAUACGACGACUUCAAGUUCAUCCCCACCCCCACGGGAAACCAGAUCUACGGCCACCCCUCCCAAACUGGCCACCCCGGCUUCUGGGACCGUCUCAACACAAACGCGCACACACCGCAGCCAACUAACCUCCUUGAACCCGGCAAGAUCCAGCUUACCGGCCUGGCACAUAACGCUCGACACAUCACCGGGAUCAUCGCCGGCCCCACCCCAGCGAACUCGACCUCAACCUCCGGCGGCCCAACAUUCACAUUCACCAAGAAGACCAUCCUCCAACUACCCCCUCCACCCACCUCCACCAAAACACCGCGCGAGUCGUCCAGCGAGCGAAUGACUACCUCGUCAUCCUCCUCUUUCAGGACGGCCCCGUCCACUUGA